GUUUGCAUUGCAAUCCCCCUGCCUUCCUCUCUUUUCUCCAGAUCAAUGCAUAUUUGCAAAAGGAUUAAGCCACAGAUUUAAGCUCUGAGAGCCCAUUUCUGCUUUGCAAAGGAGCCGGGACUAAAAACAACCCAAAAUCCAGCUCUGAUUUCUUUUCACCAAGUGGGAAGGUGGUUUAUUUUUCUUGCUUUUUGGAGUCAACACCCUUCCUCAUCAGCCCUCAUCCCCACCCUCACCCUGCAACCCUUUCACGCCCCCCCUUCCUCUCCUCACUCCCCAUCCUCCCACCAUCCUCUAAAAGAGGCAAAGGGAUUUUUUUUUGGUAUCCCCCCCCCCCUUUUUAUUCUGAGAAGGAUUUGGAGACAGCUUGAACGAUAAAAAGCCUUGGUAGUUCCAAGGAGCCGAGCAGAGGAGAAGAGGAAACAGGGGCUGCUGUUGCCUUUGGAGAUGGAUGAUCAGCCCAGGUUGAUGCAUUCCCAUGCUGGGGUGGGGAUGGCAGGACACCCCGGCCUGUCCCAACACUUGCAGGAUGGGGCUGGAGGGACCGAGGGAGAGGGAGGGAGAAAGCAGGACAUUGGAGACAUUUUACAGCAAAUUAUGACCAUCACAGACCAGAGUUUGGACGAGGCGCAGGCCAGGAAACACGCUUUAAACUGCCACAGAAUGAAGCCUGCCUUGUUUAAUGUGUUGUGCGAAAUCAAAGAAAAAACAGUUUUGAGUAUCCGAGGAGCCCAGGAAGAGGAGCCAACAGACCCCCAGCUGAUGCGAUUGGACAACAUGCUGUUGGCAGAGGGGGUAGCGGGGCCUGAGAAAGGUGGAGGAUCUGCAGCAGCGGCAGCGGCAGCAGCGGCAUCGGGGGGAGCCGGCUCAGACAACUCAGUUGAGCAUUCUGACUACAGAGCCAAACUCUCACAAAUCCGACAGAUCUACCACACGGAACUGGAGAAAUAUGAACAGGCAUGCAAUGAGUUCACUACACAUGUGAUGAACCUGCUUCGUGAGCAGAGCCGGACCAGGCCCAUCUCACCAAAGGAGAUUGAAAGAAUGGUGAGCAUCAUCCAUCGCAAAUUCAGCUCCAUCCAGAUGCAGCUCAAGCAGAGCACAUGUGAAGCAGUUAUGAUCCUACGUUCACGGUUUUUGGAUGCAAGGCGGAAGAGACGAAACUUCAACAAGCAAGCCACAGAAAUCCUGAAUGAGUAUUUCUAUUCCCAUCUCAGCAACCCUUACCCCAGUGAGGAAGCCAAAGAGGAGUUAGCCAAGAAAUGUGGCAUCACGGUCUCACAGGUGUCAAACUGGUUUGGAAAUAAGCGAAUCCGGUACAAGAAGAACAUAGGUAAAUUUCAAGAGGAAGCCAAUAUUUAUGCUGCCAAAACGGCUGUCACAGCUACCAAUGUGUCAGCCCAUGGAAGCCAAGCUAACUCACCCUCAACUCCCAAUUCAGCUGGUUCUUCCAGUUCUUUUAACAUGUCAAACUCUGGAGAUUUGUUCAUGAGCGUGCAGUCACUCAAUGGGGAUUCUUACCAAGGGGCCCAGGUUGGAGCCAACGUGCAGUCACAGGUGGAUACCCUUCGCCAUGUUAUCAGCCAGACAGGAGGAUACAGUGACGGACUUGCAGCCAGUCAGAUGUACAGUCCGCAGGGCAUCAGUGCUAAUGGAGGUUGGCAGGAUGCUACUACCCCUUCAUCAGUGACCUCCCCUACAGAAGGCCCUGGCAGUGUUCACUCUGAUACCUCCAACUGAUCUCCCAGCAAUUGCAUCCCUGACUGACCUCCUGCCCCAAAUGGGGGGUGGGGGCAGGAGGGAGGGUUUCUCUCCCCAACGCUGAAGCAGUCAGACUGGAGGUCGAAGCAAUCAGCAAACACAAUAAGAGUCUCCUUCUCUUCUCUUCUUCGGGAUGCUACUUCAGCCAAUCUGGACACUUCUUUCUACUCUCUUCCCUUUCUUUUCUGGGUAGAAGCCACCCCUUCCCCCUGCCUCCAGCUGUCAGCCCUGUUACCUUCAUCCUCCCUGCACCUUUCCCUCGCCCCGCGGCCUCUGCUACAUCACUGAAGGAUAUUUUCAACAGUUAGAGGAAUUUAAAGAGGAGAAAAAAAGACAAAUUACAAAAAAAUUUAAUAAACGUGUUUGUACAUUUUCAUGCUGGUGGUUUGAGGAGCCAAAUUUACCUCACUCCUAGACUAACAGGCAACCCUUCUUCUCUUUCAGUGUCUCUUGAACUCACACUACCUCUUAGCAGGAAGACGCCACAUUGUCCUCCCCAUUCCACAUGCCCCUCCGCCCAUUGCCCUUGGUCUUCCAUUUCUGGAAGCAGUUCCAAAUUGGAACAGCUUCCCCUUUGUUCUACCCUAUCCCAGUGACUCUUGGGCAAGCCACCACAGAUGGGUUUAUAAUGCUCCCUCAUUUCCAGUUAUUGCUCUGACAGGCGCUGCCUGCCCAAACACUAGGGACCCGGGCAGCAGGGUAGGGGAGGCAGAGAGUGGGAAGAGACAGAAUUCCUGUGUGCCUUCUCUCCCCCCUACAACAGCUCUUGAUUUCUAAGGCAUGGUUCAUGGAGAACAUUCUACAACCCAUAGGCAUCCAUUAGUUGCUCACUACACGUCUAGCACUAGGUUAGGCAAGGAAAAGGGAGGAGGAAUUAGAAGGUCCUUGCCCAGAACGUCUCCAACCAGUCCCUUCUCCAUUCACUCACUCCCCAAACCUGCUUACACAUCACAUAUAGAUACUUAACGUAAGUAACCCUAACACUAUGCAUGUGGUGAAAUGAAGAGAGGAGAAUUGUCAGUUCUGAGUCAGGGUCACUGUUAGAAGAAAACAGAGGCAAGGGGUGGGGAGUUUCAGGAACACCAAGCAUAUUGUUGACAGGAUGGGCAAAAAUGAACAAAAAUCGAGGUAGAAUUUGUAGUGGAAAUGAGUUCCAUUCUCAUCACUACUAGAGCUCUCAGAAAGCCAUAGACUUUAUCUACAAUGUCUGUAGUGGACUUGUCUUUUAUUUUAGACGUAUCACACCAAUGGCCACGUUUCAUAGAACAUUCUAUCCUUGACUCUGAACUUCUUGCUAUAGAAGAGAAGAGAAAACAUGGCACAAUGCUAAUUAUUGGCCUCGUUUUAACUAUAAACUUGAGGGCACUGUGGAAGCAGGAGUAAGACUUUCUUAUUGAGUUCAUCACAGUUGUUUCUAUCCCUUGGGCACAUCUAAGAGAGAAGCAUUUGUUCUUAGCAGAGUAUUCUCCAACAUCCCCAUAACAGUCAGGCAUUAACAAUUUUUGUAGCCAACUAUGCAAGCAAUCAUGCUGCAACCCUGUCCCUGACAAAGUAGAAGGUGGCUAAAUCUCUUAGUGCCUCAAUUUCUUUAUCUGUAAAAGGGGAGAGUUAUGCCUACCUCGCCAAGAACUUUGUAAGACUUCAAUGUAUAUCACACACACACACACACACACACACACACACACACACACACACACACACACACACAUAUAUAUAUAUAUUAGAACAGAGUUUUGAGAUCCUUGAAUCAAAGCAACUCUUGGGUCUACUGAGUUUUGUUUGCCCUCUGGUUGUCUCUACUUGCUAUCUCUAAUAUAUAUGUAAAGCAACGGUCUCUUGGCAUGAACUAAUCUAUACUAUGUAGGUGAAAUAAAGGGCUUUAUUGCUCUAUAUCUUGCUAUUAUUGUAAUUCAAAAGAAAGACCAUUUUCUAGCUUGAGCCACUGUUGCUAAGUUAACAGAUGGGAUCUACCUGAUUCCACUGCCUUGAACGUGAGUCCAAUAUAAGACAUUGCUAAGUACUUUUGGAAAUAGCCUGUCCAUAGUCACCUACCAGACCCAGCAUCCUCUCAUUCUAACACUUUUCAGUUGGAUGCCAAAGUUCUGGGGACCAGGACAAGCAUUUUCAGAAUGCAUCUGGUCAUCACCUUACUGUGGCACUGUGAAAAUGAAUGAAAGUUCUUCUCUUGGCGGGGGAAAUUUUAUGCCCUCCUCACCCUACAUAAGAAACACAGAAUAUAUAAGUUUUAAUGAAAUUUAAAAUUAACUUGCUAGCAGGUAGAGAUAUGCCUCAAGGAUGAAUAGAAGUGUUUUAGUGAAAUGGGAAGAGAAUUAGUCCGAUGAAUCUUAAGAUUCAAAUUUGUGGUGGGAUAGAAGAAGCAUCAUUCCCUGUUCUGCAUCAUAGAGCAUUCCUAGGUGGGGCUUCUCUUAGACAGUACUUUUAUUGUCAGCAAUACCACUCACCCCUACUCUAUUUUAGAAAAUCAGAGUCAAAGCUUAUGCCUUGAGCAGAAUAAAGGGGUACAGCUACCAAACGGAUUCUUAUCUCUUGAGAACAAUAAGAUCCCAAUCCAUCCUAGAUGUUCAGGCUCAGAUACAUGGUGAUCAUAAACAAGUGGGAAGGAAAACUCAGAGCAGAACCUCAUUCCCAUGUUCUAUUUCUCCUACACCUUUCAUUUGCACUUUGUUCCACUCUCAAACCAUCUCCCACAUUACACUUUUCACCUUAUCCCCAUCUCUCUGUCCCACUCCUUUGGAAAGAUUUCAAGUCCACCAACACGCCACUAUGCCACCUUCAUGGCAGUCAAGAGAGCUCUUUCACUAUUGGGUCAAGCAGCAGCUCAGCAAAAGGAUAGAUUUGGGCGUGGCAGUGCCUCCUGAAAUGAACAUUCAUACAAUCCAUAUUCUGAUAGCCACUCAGGCACCAGUUCUGUCCCCAGAUGUCCUUCAUUUUCUAGGGGAAGUAGGUGCCCUUUAUUUUUCCUGGCAGCAGAUUAUCCCUGAAAAAUGAUUUGCCAGAGCUUUGGUUUACUUACCCUGUUCAUAAUGUCCUCCUUUCAUCUCCCUUCUCCUUCCCUUGUGUAGUUAUUAAUUCCCUUGAAGUAUUUUUGCCAACUUACAUCCUUUAAUUUGCUUUUAAUUUUGGCUAUGAUGAUCAUUCUUUCUUUCCUACUUGCCUUUUCUCACACCCAUCCCUCUAUUAUUUUUUUUGCUUCUGCUUUUUUCUUUUUCUGCCCAGAAAAACCUGACUUCGAUACCAAAAAAGAAAAAAACUGCAGAAACUCAAAUUAAAAAAAAAAACUUAAAAAAAACUUUAAAAAAUUCUCGACGAUUCUUUCAGCUUUAUUAACAUUUUCCAUUGUUUCUUGCGACUUGUGUCUCGUUCUUUGUAGUAUUGAUUAUGAACAUUUGAUAAUGAAUGUUCUUGUAUAUUCAGAUAAAGAAAAAAACCAAAAAAGCGGUCUGAAUUUAAUAGUGUUUAUAAUAAAAAAUUUUAAAAAUGACCCUCAUAGCACGCAAAACAGGCUGGGGAAUUGCCCCUCUUCUUUCUGUGACAAUGCGCAUCAUUCCUGCAUUUGUUUCUAACACCAAACUACCUACAUUCAUCAUUUCCCCCAUUUUUCUUUUAUUUUCUUGCAUUUGUGAAUUAGUUCAAGAAUGCUAGAAAAGUGUCGAGUUGUGCACAUCCAUUUCCUGUUUCACAAUGUUUAAAAGUGACAGUAAUUCAUUUUGUAAACUAAAAAGAAAAGUUGGAAUAGUGAGCAUAAAUAGGUACAGCCUAACACAUUAUGUUUAUUAACUUUGAGACCCAGAAGUAAAUUCUUUUCUUUUUAUUUUCCUAUUCCUUAAAAUAUACAAAAAAAAACCCAUUACCUUUAUUUUUUUGGUUUAUUUGUGUUAUUUUUGGUUUGCUUAUUUUGGGGGCUAUUUGGUUGUGUUUUUUUUUAAUUGUCCAGACUUUGACCUUGCCUUUUUUAUUCCUUUAAAUACAUACAUAUAUACAUAUAUAUAUGUAUAUACCAGGUGAUGUGAAAAGAUGAAAUCAGUAGACUAGUUUGUUUUGUUUUGUUUGUUUUGUUUUGUUUUUUUCUCCUAAACUUCAGAAUUCUCAAAAAGCUACGACAAAUCUAUCAAAGACGUCGCUUUGCUCACCUGCAUUUUUUAAAGUAUGUAGUGCUUAUAGCUGGGGGGAAAAAUAGUGAUUUGAGCUCUUCACUUGGCUAUGGA